GUGAGUUAGUUGCCACGCCUCUGCGCGGAGAAUGUCAGUGUCAGAUUGAAACGAGUACAGGAUACACAUAUUUUUCACAACACCAAUUCUAAAGCUUUUAAAAUGGCAUAUCAUACAGGUAGUCCGUAUAGAGGACAACCUCAACAACAACCGGCGACGGAUCAAGGUUUUCUUUGGAAUAUAUUUCAGAGAGUGGACAAGGACAGGAGCUGUGUGAUAUCAGACACAGAGCUCCAGCAGGCCUUAUCGAACGGUACAUGGACACCUUUCAACCCAGUGACAGUCCGAUCAAUCAUAUCCAUGUUUGACAGGGAGAACAAAGGAGGGGUGAACUUCAACGAGUUUGCCGGAGUGUGGAAGUACAUCACGGACUGGCAGAACAUCUUCCGCACCUACGACAGAGACAACUCGGGCUUCAUCGACAAGAACGAGCUUAAGCAGGCACUGACUGGAUUCGGUGAGCAAAGAUAUCGCCUCUCUGACCAGUUCUACAAUACUCUCAUAGAGAAGUUUGACAGGCAGAGGAAGGGACAAGUGGCCUUUGAUGACUUCAUCCAGUGUUGUAUCGUUCUACAGAGGUUGACCGACGUGUUCAGGAGGUACGACACAGACCAAGACGGCUGGAUCCAGGUUUCUUAUGAACAGUAUCUAUCCAUGGUUUUCAACGUUGUAUAGUAGAUCCAACAGCACAACUGGACACAACUGUGCCAAAGCCAAAUCCUUCCCACCUCCACGUGUCUUCCUUGAUCAAGAUGACUGGGACUCUGGGAUAGGAUAUAAAGACAUUAUGUUCUGUCUGUCAUUGUUCAUAAUGUUUGUUUAAUGUCUGAAUCUUAUCUUGAUAAUGAAUAUCUGUGUUUAAGGUAAACCUGCAUUGUACAUAUCAUUUAGGACAAAUAACCGCAUGCUUCUGGGGGACUUUUGCCAAUGUUCAAAGCAUACACUCUUAAUCUCAGAUCUAUUUUGCUGAAGUCAUGUUUACAAAUACUGUGAAAGCAGGUUAUGGUUGGGCACAAAGCCUGCUUUUAGAUUCACUGACAUGCCAGCUAAUGCCAUAUUUGUAAAGACAUAUAUUUUUAACCAGCAAAUCUAUAAAAAAAAGUUAGCCUGUUAUUAUUUUAGGUGGAAGAAGAGUACGCUUUUGUAUCAUUUAUUGUUUUGUGUGCAUGAUGCCUUAAACUGUAUAAAUGCAAGAGGAACCUCCUUUUAUUAAAAAAGAAACCUGAAAAAAA